ACAACAUGCAGUGCACGGGCCCGCAUCUCUCCAGGCUUCACCCCUCGGAGUCCCCGGCGUGAGAUCUGUCCGAGCGGCCCCGGGACGAGUCUGCUGCAAGUUUCCCGUGAGCCCUGAGUGAUCGCCGGGACAUGGGCAGGAGGAGAUCGCCCCGCAGCCGCCAGUAACCACCGCACACGUCCCGGACACUGAUCGCACCCCGCGCCCCGUCCUGUGCAGCCUCGUCCGGUCCUGGAGCCUGAGAACCGCAGCCGCCGCCGCCGCCGCCUCUCCCCGCACAAUAUGAACAUAGUCCUGGAGUUGUUCGUGGUGACUUUUAAGGUCCUCUGGGCCUUCGUGCUGGCGGCGGCCAAGUGGCUGGUGCGCCCCAAGGAGAAGAGUGUGGCCGGGCAGGUGUGCCUCAUCACCGGGGCGGGCAGCGGGCUGGGGCGCCUCUUCGCCCUGGAGUUUGCCCGGCGCCGGGCGCAGCUGGUGCUCUGGGACAUAAACACACAGAGCAACGAGGAGACGGCGGACAUGGUGCGGCAAAUCUACCGGGAGCUGGAGGCGGAGGACGCCCUGAGGGCUGGGAACCCCGUGGAGGAAGAGGUGCUGCCGUGCUCCAAUCUCCAGGUUCAUACGUACACUUGUGACGUAGGCAAACGGGAGAGCGUUUACAGCACCGCCGAGAAAGUCCGCCGGGAGGUCGGAGACGUCUAUCUUCUGCUCAAUAACGCUGGGGUUGUAUCGGGACACCAUCUCCUCGAGUGCCCAGAUGAGCUGAUCGAAAGGACUAUGAUGGUUAACUGCCAUGCACACUUCUGGACCACAAAGGCAUUCCUUCCCAAAAUGAUGGAAAUGAAUCAUGGACAUAUUGUUACAGUUGCCAGUUCUCUAGGUUUGUUCAGCACCGCAGGGGUAGAGGAUUACUGUGCUAGCAAGUUUGGUGCAGUGGGUUUCCACGAGUCUCUCAGCCAUGAACUGAAGGCUGCAGACAAAGAUGGGAUUAAAGCUACGUUGGUCUGUCCCUAUCUGGUGGACACAGGCAUGUUCCGAGGUUGCAGAAUCAGAAAAGAAAUUGAGCCCUUCCUCCCGCCCUUGAAACCAGAUUACUGUGUGAAGCAGGCCAUGCGAGCCAUUCUUACAGACCAGCCGAUGAUCUGUACGCCUCGACUCAUGUACAUCGUGACCUGCAUGAAAAGCAUUCUACCAUUUGAAGCUGUGGUCUGUAUGUACCGGUUCCUGGGCGCAGACAAGUGCAUGUACCCCUUCAUUGCUCAAAGGAAACAAGCCACGAACAAUAAUGAAGCUAAAAAUGGAAUAUAACUGUUUAUUGUUUAGUUUAACUUUCUUGUGAUAAGACUGACUUUAUUGAACAGUCAACAUCUUCAGAGACUGAAUUGAGAAAGGCACUUGUGCGUUGACAUGUAUUUUUUUUUUUUCUGGUUAUUGCGCUAUAAUUUUUUCCUGUACACUACAUCACGUUGUGGACACUUCGGUCAUGUGUUACUCCUCCAGUCUGUUUUUACACACUGUAAACGUGACUAAAGACGUAUGAAAGGCUUCAAUGUAGCAAUAAAGUGUUUCUGUAGAGCUACUGUACAACAGUAAACCAAGGCAAAUCAGUUUCCUUAAAUGCACUGUUACCCUUAAUGUUAUAUGUUAGAGAAAGAGGCAAUAACGAAAUGGUGAAGGAUCUUCAAUCAAGAAAUGGAAGCCAUUUGGGUGGAAAUAUUUCUGAUUUUCAGAAAAAUCUAAACUAAUUCUAGUAUCUGAAAGUAUUCUGCACAGAGCAGAUACAUCUAUGUGUAAUGUUAUGCAAAUUGCCAUUAAACUAAUAAGUGUUUAGCCAUGUAAACCUGAAAACACUGCGUACACCCUUCCAUACAAUUUUCUUUGUGUAAGGACCAUAUCAUUCUUGCCUAAAGUAGAAGGAUCCUGUCAGAUCCUAUGUCAUCACAGCGAUAAGUGUAGGCCAUACACUCCAAAUUUGGUGGGACCAGUAAACUAAUGUGUACUAUUGCGAUCUGAUUUUACUAAAGGGUGGGGGUAUAGAGAAAAAAUUAGGAAAGCAUGUAUGUGGGGGAUUAUAAGAGAGUUGUUCACUUUUAAACACUGUUUCCAUUUUGCAAAAGGUAAAACUUCUUAUGUCAAUGACUACUAGUGCUCUAGACAGUAUGAACACACGAGUAGUCGCAGAAGAAGUUAUAGGCGGCUCAUAUGUUCCAUCCCCCCCCCCCUUUAUGGUUUGGAGACACUUUGCACAAUGUAGGGGAGACAAAAACAAGUAUUGUUGAUGGGAAUAUAUUCUGCAAAUAUAUGGAUUAUCCAAUGGCUUCCAUGUCAGCAGACCCUCACAACAGUGUCUUGUAUGUCUACUAAAAAAAAAAAUUUUUUUUUUUUAAAGAAACCAUGCCAAUGGUAGGAAUCAUAAACUGGUAUUUUAUAUAAAAGGUUAUGAUAUUUCUCAAAGGUUUUGUGCACUUUUGUUCUACUGUUUAAAAGAGCUGAUUUCAAAUAAGUCUCCUUUUUGUGUAGUCUUUUGUGUGCCUAGGGGCUGUGUACACAGAACGGGAGCAUCCAUUUUUAUUUCCCAAUUGCGUAAACGUUUUGAUUUAUCAGAAUCGUACAAUUGCAAAAUUGAGCUGCCAUUCUCGUCAAUUUACUUGGAAUUAAGGCCUAAAAAAAAAAAAAAAAAAAAAUCUGAUGACAGAUUUGUAUAAUCUGAUGUAAAUUCAUUUUUCGGAACAUUGCUUUACCCUGCAAUGUCUGCCCUCCCUGCGGGGAGACUUCUGGAUUCGGGAUGGCGGUUUAUCACCUUCUGCUUCUGGACAAGAGAACAGACCUGGUGAUUCUGCUCUUUACUUGUACAUGUGACAUGCGUAGAGGUGUAAAGAUUUUUAUUUUUUGUUUGUGUGUGUUCUACAAAAUAAAAACCUACAUUUUUUUUAAUGUUUUUGUAUAGAGAACCUUUUACAGUCGUGCCUUUGAAUUAAGUAAAAUAUAGUUAGAAAACAUUGUAUAGCGAAUUUCUACCUCUGUAUCUAAAUGUAUUCAAUUGGCUUGUAAAUUACUAUUGAAAUUUCUGUGAUUUAUUUUUAUUGUUGUUAUUAUCGUUGACGUCUUAAAUAUUGACCAGUGUCUGGUUUUAUUAAAGCAAAUUAUAUUACCGUAGGAAC